AUGGGACAAAAAGGAGGAAGUGAUGCAUUUGUUUCCCAAGGUUUUGAUACCUGGAAUAAAAAGAUGCAUUUCAGACUCAUGUGGGUGGUAUUGAUAGUUUUUGACAACAAAGCAAGAGAAAAGUGUGAUUUUUUAAUGAGGGAAAAACAAGUUAUUAAUGUAGUUUUGAGGAGGCAAACCGAAGCAGAGGACCAUAAAUAUAAAGCUCAAUUACACAUUUCUAUUAUUGUUUUUAGACUUUUAUUGAAAACCGGUUUACCGUUUCGUGGUCAUGAUGAGUCAGUGAACUCGGAAAAUAGAGGGCUUUACAUUGAAGUGUUAAAAGCCAUUCGAGAGACUAGUGAAGAUAUUUUCAUCAAUACUUUAGAAAAUGCUCCUAAAAACAAUCAACUAAUUUCCCCUAAAAUUCAAAAAGAACUUGUGCAAUGUUUUGCACAAGAAGUACUUUUGAGUAUUCGUGAAGAGAUUGGUGAAGAUGUUUUUGCUUUCCUAGUUGAUGAAUCUAGUGAUGUUUCAAAAAUGGAACAAAUGACUAUUGUUUUGCGUUAUGUCGAUAGUCUUGGCUUUGUGAAAGAAAGAUUCAUAGGACUAGUGCACGUGAAUGAUACAUCAUCUUUGACACUCAAAAACGCCAUAAAUGAAAAAAGACUUACAAGAGAGCAAGUAAGAGAAAGGGUGCAAAAAGGCUUGUAUAGUGGUGAACUUGAAACCGGAAGAGGGUUAAAUCAAGAGGCUACACUUGUUCGAGUGGGAGAAACAAGAUGGGAUUCACAUUUCAACACACUCACGAUUUUGAUGAAGUUGUUUGCGGAUGUUCUUGUAGUUUUAGAUUUUGUGAAAAAGGAGGGAGGGUCAUUGGCAAAUCGUCAACAAGCAUCUGGAAUCUUAGCAUAUUUUAAAUCAUAUGAGUUUGUGUUUUACUUACAUAUGAUGUAUGACAUUUUACACCUCACAGGUACAUUGUCAAAGCAACUUCAAAGAAAAGAUCUAGACAUUUUAGAAGCAACUUCGAUGGUUAAAGGGACAAUGGAGGCAUUGCAAUCUUUUAGAAACAUAGGGUUUGCUAGCAUUUUUUCAUAA